AAGUCAUGUUAGUUACACUAGGGGUAAUCAUAAUCCGGUGCAAAUGGUCUUGCAAAUGCAUAUUUCGGUGCAAGUGCAAAAUAUUUUUGCACCAUGUUCUUAAACAAAAACAAAUUACAUGUGCUUUGCAAAUGCAACACUGUUAUGCAAAUGCUACACUCAACCCCUAUUGCAUAUGUGCAAAUUAGUGUUGCUUUUCAAACAGCUGAUUUCUUUUGCAUACAUAUUUGUUUCGAUUUUUGCGCGUAAGGUAAAAUUUUUGCAAUAUGAGCGAUAAAAAAGUGAAAAGGGAGCGACCGAACAAAAAAUGGACAAAGGAGGAAAUCAACAAGCUUCUGGAUUUUUUGGAGGAAGCAGAUGAAAUUGAGGCUCCAACAGCACAAUUUUUUUACAAAAAAUGCAUUGUGGUUAAGGGAAUCGAAGCCACGUGGGACUUGCUGCGGUGGAAGGUACGCCACCUAAAAAGUACAUUCAAAAAAGCGCAUGAUUAUCGCACCUCAACUGGCGCUGGAAUUGAUGAAAUGGAUGUGGGCGUUGGCAGUUUUGAAGAAAAAAUUGAGAAAAUGUGCCCCCAUUACCAUCGCCUAAACAAAAUUUUCGGAGCUAAAUCGCAUGCGCAAAAUAAUUUCUGCGCUGUCGACACGGGCAAUGACUUGCUGCUUAUCGCGCCACAGCCGUCAACAAUUUCACCGUCAACAAUUUCCCCACCAGCAUAUUCACCGCCAAUAGUCUUUCCACCAGCAAUUUCACCGCCAAUAGCCUCACCACCAGCAAUAUCACCGCUAAUAAUCUCCUCACCAGCAAUAUCACCGCAAAUAGCCUCGCCAUCAGCAAUAUCACCGCAAAUAGCCUCACCACCAGCAAUAUCACCGCUAAUAAUCUCCACACCAGCAAUAUCACCGCAAAUAGCCUCGCCAUCAGCAAUAUCACCGCCAAUAGCCUCGCCGCCAGCAGUCCCACCGCCAACAGUUUCGCAGCAACCACUCCCACUUGGGGCUGAUUUUCCACAAUCAGUUAAAACCAUGGCUAAAAAAAUGAAAAUGCAGGCUCCCAAAACAUCAGCGGCUUGUUUGAUGGUUUACCAGCAAAACAGAACAGAGUUGGAAAAAGAAAAGCUUCUAUUUGAAAAAGAAAAGUUGGAGAAGCACCUAGAACUAUCAAAAGCUGAAAUUGAAUUGAAAAAAGAAGAGCUAAAACUUAAGAAAAUUAAAUUGGAGCAAGAUGAAAAAAUAAGAAGGCUAGAAAUAGAAAUAGACGAACGAAUAGCUAUGUAUGAAAUAAAAAUGAAAUACACGAAGUAAUCCAAAAUUUAACUU